AGCUGGCAGUGCGGCGGGCGCGGGCGCCUGAGCAGCGGCCGGCGGGGCCGGCUAUUAAUAACGCGCCCGCUGAGCCCGGGGUCGCGCAGCCAUGGCCAGCCCGGAGCUCCGGCGCGGCGGGGACGGCGCCGCCCAGGCCGCGAGAGAAACAAGAGCAGAGUCCAAUUCUCCUCUUCAAGAAGAGAAUCCUGAAUCCUGGAAUGAGUCCAAGACUGUGAACCCAGAAGUUACACUAUCUUUGGAGGGAACUGUGAACCUAGAAGACAUUCUUUACCUUGACGACACAGGAGACUUUGAAGAGACACCGCUCUAUGUAGAAGAGACAGAGAAGCCAGAGGAGACACUUUAUAUUGAGGAGCCCAGGCAGCCAGAGGAGGCACUGUAUGUGGAAGAGCUUGCAAGUCCAGAAGAGUAUGUGGAAGAGACUGUGAAGCCAGAUGAGAUACAGUUUGUGGAGCAGACUGCAGAGCCAGCAAAGAGUCCCAGCCCAGGGCUGAUUGUUUGUGAUGGAGAGAUGGUGGCAAAAGAAGAGAAAUGUUGCCCUAAGGAGAGCCUCAGAGCAGGGUUAAGCCCCAGCACAGAGGACAACCUAAGCAUGGCAGACCUGGAACUGCUAGAGGGCCGUUUCCAGCAGUGUGUGCAAGCAGUGGCCCAGCUGGAAGAGGAGCGGGAUCAGCUCAUCCAUGAACUUGUGCUGCUCCGUGAACCAGCUCUGCAGGAGGUACAGCAAGUCCAUCAGGACAUCCAGGCUGCCUACAAGCUGCAUGCCCAGGCAGAGCUGGAGAGGGAUGGACUCAGGGAGGAGAUCCGGCUGGUCAAACAGAAGUUGUUCAAGGUGACCAAGGAAUGUGUGGCCUACCAGUACCAGCUGGAGUGCCGCCAGCAGGAUGUGGCUCAGUUUGCUGAUUUCCGGGAAGUGCUAACUACUAGGGCAGCCCAGCUCUCGGAGGAACUGGCCCAACUCCGGGAUGCCUAUCAGAAGCAGAAGGAGCAGUUAAGGCAACAACUAGAAGCACCCCCAAACCAAAGGGAUGGGCACUUUAUCCAAGAAAGCCGCCGGCUGUCUGCCCAAUUUGAAAAUCUCAUGGCAGAGAACCGCCAGGGCCUGGAGGAGGAGUAUGAACCUCAGCUGCUGCGGCUCCUGGAGAGGAAAGAAGCAGGGACCAAAGCUCUACAGAAAACCCAGGCUGAGAUCCAGGAGAUGAAGGAGGCUCUGAGACCCCUGCAAGCAGAGGCCCGGCAGCUCCACCUGCAAAACAGGAACCUGGAGGACCAGAUCACACUUGUGAGGCAAAAACGAGAUGAAGAAGUACAGCAGUACAAGGAACAGCUGGAGGAAAUGGAAGAACGACAGAGGCAGUUAAGAAGUGGAGUGCAACUCCAGCAACAGAAGAACAAAGAGAUGGAGCAGCUAAGGAUCAGUCUUGCUGAAGAGCUCUCAACUUAUAAGGCUAUACUUCCCAAGAGCCUGGAACAGGCUGAUGCUCCUUCUCAGGCAGGUGGAAUCGAGACACAGUCUCAAGGGGCUGUUUAGAAAUGUAUGGCCAAAUCUGUAAUCCAGAAACAAAAAAAACUUAUUAGCAAAGGAUCACUGAAUACCCUUGUGACACACUUCUUCCCAAACCGACGAGAGUACCAGAAUUUGAUGAGCAAUUCACCUGUGGAAAUUGCAAAUAUUGGCUGAACUGUAUAAAAUGAUUUUAGGAGUGGCUGGAAGCAGAACACCAGUCAACUUUUAGCUGGAUCCUACUUUGUAGGCUGCUGAUACUGAUCUCAAUACACUGAGGAAUGGAAAAAUGCCUUUUAUCUGCCAGCAGCAACCCUCACAUGCAGAGUAAAUGAUGAAUGUAUGGACACAUCUUGAAGUAUUGUGAAAAAUGUAUUUUGCCUUAUGUUUACCCAAACCAAAAACAUGUUUGGAACAAAACUGGGGUAAAAAAGGCAACUGUUAGAAUUCUUUUGUGCCAUGAGUGUUAGAUUUUAAAUGAAUCCUCUUAUAUAGUUUACUUUUUCUUAAGGGCUAUACAUAUUCACAUGGUAUAUUGUUAAAAAUGUCAAAAUAAUUUUCAGUAUACUCUGAAAUAACUGACUUGGAGAAAAGGAAUCCAUCCAGAUUUGAACCUCAUGGUGUAAGAUUUCAGAUUUCCCAAAGACCUUUAGAGUUUUGGGGUCUAUUCCGCCAAAACAAAACUAAGUGACUGGAAAGAAUCAGGCAUGUUAUCUUGUUUUGGCAUUUGGUGAUAGAGGUUAGAAACAACAGGUUCUAAAAUCCUUUAAGUACAAUCUCCAGUGAAAAACAUACUAGGGAGAGGCAACCCUGUAAGAUAAGCCUUAAACACCUUUCCCAAAUUUAAAUUCUGCCUUAAACACACUGCCUUUGAAAAAUUUUUAAAGAGUCUGUGUUGUUCUCUGGGGUCAGACUUCAAAAAGAUGUCAUUUUAUUGCACAUUAGUCUGUAUAUCUCUAGUUCUGUUUUAUGUCUUGCACUUUUCCCUAGGAAGGAGUAAAGCUCUUUUCUAUAGCUCUUGGCUUAUUAUAUUUAAUUCUACUCUUGAUAGCCAGGGGAUGGGUGUUUGAUGGAUGUUAUAUACUAAAUAAAACCCAUUGGCAUAGGGCUAUGUAGAAAAGCAAUUUAUUCCAUUAUAAGCACUUACACAGUUAGUCAUGGGAGUAAUAGGCCUGCUGAUAAAACAGGUCACCCAAAAUGCAGAUGGUAUCAAACUAGUGGUCAAGGACCAACUCCUAAAAAAAA